AUGACCGUUGUGUCGAAUCUGCGUAGCAGACAAUCUAACGGUGGUAAAAAUACAGUUCCAACGAGCUCGAACGAGCCCCGUUUAGAGCCAGAAGUGUCAGAUGCUCCACAGGUUUUGUUCAUGGACACGCACGAUUUGAGGAACAGAGCGGGCCAUGUUUCUCCUAGCUACUACCAGGUAGCAACGCCCAAAUCCCCUCACGAGCUUUCGCUCAUGGACGAGGCCGAAGAAACCCAUACAGGGCCCUCACAUCAUCACGAGCACAGCGAAAGCGAAGAAAGCGAGCGUUUGAAAUACGAAACGGCAAAACGAGAGAUCCUCGAGAAUCUCAACCUCCAUAUCAUGCUCAACAACAACGAUCACACGGAUCUGGUGUCCGAACUCGGACGUGUAGAGGCCCAGAUGCGUGUUUUGGAACACAUGCACCGCGACCCUCAGCUCUUAAAACACGUCGAGCAACACCAGGAGCAACUGUACGCCAGACAUCGCGAGCAAUUUCUGCGUAGGAAAGAAAAAGAGGCAUCGAGGGCCAGUCUGGACGGUCUGGACCCUUUAGAUUCGGCAUUGUCCGGUGGAGACGGCAGCGGUGGCAGCGGUGGUGGUGGUCAUAACGGGUUUUUUUACCACACGCGCAGCAAAUCCGCACAUAAUCUCAACUUUGCUCACGAAUGCGGUACCAGUGCCGUGCAGGCUCAAUCACGGCUGCGACCGGUCAGCAACAAAUCCGAAGGAAGCCGUCUGCCUGAUGGGAAAGGCCCUCGCACGCAGGACCAUACAAUGGCGUCGAACGCCUGUUCAUCGGGGUCGGAGCUGGAUCCCGUGCGGUCUUCGUUACUGAACCAGCAUCAAAAGCGUAACUACAGUAGCUCGUGUUUGACCAGCAAAAGCGGGAUAGUUGGAUCGAACGAGAAAAACGAGCCCAUAUUCAAACGACCCGACGGUAUUCUCGUCAUAAUUGCAUGUUCCUUCUGCGAGCGUAGCGGGUUCACCUCCGCUCAGGGAAUUGUUAAUCAUGUUCGUCUGAAGCACGCCACAAGCUACCCGAGCCAGCCUCUGGCUGUUUUGAAAAACCAGCAGGUGCUUCCCGAAGAUCGACAAACGCCAGAGAUCAUAGCCCAAUUCAAGGACCUCAGUCUGGAUCCACAGCACGAUUAUCUUCCUCACGUCAUAAACAUUCAGACCAGCGUAAAUCCCGUUGGACAUAGGGACCGCAGAACGGGCUCUAGGGAACUAUCUCCUCGAACUGCAUCUCCAGACGAGAAUCAGAGACCCAACAUUGCCAAGAAAUCUACUAAGCAUUUAAAGAAACUAUAUCAAAGUGACGAUUUCAAGGAAAUUGUCGACUACGUCAACGAAUCCCAAAAGGACCUCGACUGCAUACUCAAGCAAGCCUCGGAAGCUGAGGAUCUUCAAGACAGUGGCUCUGACGAUGAAGUCGGAGCAAAGCAAAUUGUAUCUAAUAACUCAACUGCUAACGGAGACGACAAUAAUCCUACUGCAGACGCUGUCGCCCCACAAUCCAGGUCCGAAACACCUACCGAGCGCAAACGGAGUGGAUCAGCAGCAGCGGACACCAGCCGGAAACGCUUUAAAGCAGCGGAAAAGAAGGUGAGACCCGAUGCGAUUGCACUAAUGAAGAUUCCUGAGCAAGACAAACGGUCUUCGCACUACAACUUACGGGCCAAGUCAAAGCUCAGAGGACACAAUAGAUACGAAUAA